UUUUGCUGUGAGAAUUAACAGUAACCGUUCAAUAUGGGGGAUGUUCUGGCUCAUGAAUCAGAAUUACUUGGACUUGUGAAAGAGUAUUUAGAUUUUGCUGAAUUUGAAGACACCUUGAAAACAUUUUCAAAAGAAUGCAAAAUAAAAGGAAAGCCAUUAUCUAAAACAGCAGGUGGCUCUUUAAGGGACUCCAGAUCAUUGAUCAUCCAGAAGGACCUUGUUGCUGCAUUUGACAAUGGCGACCAGAAGGUGUUCUUCGAUUUGUGGGAGGAGCACAUUCCCAGUUCCAUCCGAGAUCGUGACUCCCUUGCCCAGAAGUUGGAAUUCUAUCUUCACAUCCAUUUUGCCAUCUAUCUUCUGAAACACUCCUUAGGGAGACCUGACAAAGAGGACCUGGAUGAGAGGAUUUCUUAUUUCAAAACCUACCUGGAGACCAAAGGGGCAGCGCUGAGCCAGACCACGGAGUUUCUCCCUUUCUAUGCUCUGCCUUUUGUUCCCAACCCCAUGGUCCACCCCUCGUUUAAAGAGCUCUUCCAGGAUUCUUGGACUCCAGAAUUAAAGUUGAAGUUGGAAAAGUUUCUGGCUUUAAUUUUUAAAGCCAGCAACACGCCAAAGCUUUUAACGUUAUACAAGGAGAACAGACAAAGUCAUAAAGAAGUGUCACAGCAGCUCCACCAGCAGCUGAUAGAAGCCGAGCGAAGGUCAAUGACAUACCUGAAGCGGUACAACAAGAUUCAGGCAGACUACCACAAUCUCAUCGGGGUCACAGCAGAGCUGGUGGAUUCUCUGGAGGCCACAGUCAGUGGCAAGAUGAUCACCCCGGAGUACCUCCAGAGCGUGUGUGUCCGUCUCUUCAGUGACCAGAUGCGGCAGAGCCUGGCCCACAGCGUGGACUUCACGAGGCCUGGGACGGCUUCAACCAUGUUAAGAGCCUCCUUGGCACCCGGGAAACUGAAGGAUGUCCCAUUGCUGCCCUCCUUGGAUUAUGAGAAACUGAAGAAGGAUUUGAUUUGGGGGAGUGACCGCUUGAAAGCCUUCUUGUUGCAGGCUCUGCGCUGGCGCUUGACCACAUCCCAUCCUGGAGAGCAGAGGGAGACCGUUCUGGAAGCCUACGUCGGCAACGACCUCCUGGAUUGUCACAGCCACAGCCAGAGGAGCGUGCUCCAGCUGCUGCAGUCCAGGAGCGAGGUGGUUCGGCAGUACAUGGCCCGGCUCGUCAAUGCCUUCGCGUCCCUGGCAGAGGGUCGUCUCUACCUGGCCCAGAGUACAAAGGUGCUGCAGAUGCUGGAGGAAAGGCUGAAGGAGGAGGAUGAGGACAUCGUCACCCGCGAGAAUGUUCUCGGGGCCUUGCAGAAGUUCAGCCUCAGGCGCCCACUGCAGACAGCGAUGAUUCGAGAUGGCCUCAUCUUCUGGCUGAUUGAUAUUCUGAAGGACCCCGAUUGCCUGUCGGACUAUACACUGGAGUACUCGGUGGCUUUGCUCAUGAACCUCUGCCUCAGGAGUGCAGGGAAGAACAUGUGCGCCAAGGUGGCGGGUCCGGUGCUAAAAGUUCUGUCGGAUCUGCUCGGCCAUGAGAACCACGAGAUACAGCCGUAUGUGAAUGGAGCUCUGUACAGCAUCCUUUCUAUUCCAUCUAUUCGUGAGGAAGCAAGAGCAAUGGGAAUGGAGGACAUCCUUCGCUGCUUCAUCAAAGAAGGCAAUGCUGAAAUGGUCCGCCAGAUCGAAUUCAUCAUCAAGCAGCUUAAUUCAGAAGAGCUGCUGGAUGGUGUUCUUGAAUCUGACGAUGAUGAAGAUGAAGAUGAUGAAGAGGACCAUGACACUAUGGAAGCUGAUCUGGACAAAGAUGAGCUGAUCCAGCCCCAGCUUGGAGAGCUCUCAGGCGAGAAGCUUCUGACCACGGAGUACUUGGGAAUUAUGACGAACACGGGGAAGGCGAGGCGGAAGGGCCUGGCCAGUGUGCAGCAGAGUGCCGACGAGCCCCUGCGCCGGCCCAUCACCCCCGGCGGCCACAGGACCGGGUACCCAGUGUAA